AUGAUUAUCGCUUGGUUCCUUCUCGGCUUGAUUGCGUUGAUCAGUCAAUGCCAUGCUCUUUCCAUCCUCGAACCCCUAUUGGCACCUUCAUUGACAGGACCGGACAAGUCGAACAACCUCUAUCUCAGUGAUACGAACGUUCAAGAGAGAUCUAACGCAUACAAACGGGCUUAUACCGACCCCAACACAUUCAUCCUUUCGGGUGAUUUCCAAAUUACCAAUAUUCCACAAACCAGGGAGUUUUGGUUCAAUAUAGGCGAAAGCGUGGCUAAUCCCGAUGGAUAUACACGAAAAGUAUAUACGAUCAACGGACAAUUUCCCGGUCCUUUCAUCGAAUUGAACACUGGUGAUACUCUCAAAGUACACGUAACGAACACGCUUGAUAUACCACAAACUAUCCAUUGGCACGGAUUAACGCAGAAUGGGACAGUCCAUAUGGAUGGCGUACCUGGUAUAACACAAUGCCCUAUCCCCCCAGGAAGUUCAUUCACUUAUGAAUUUCCAAUCAUUCGUCAAUACGGUACAUUUUGGUAUCAUUCACAUUAUGCCAAUACCAUGGCUGAUGGCAUAUUUGGACCAUUGAUCAUUCAUUCUCCUGAUGAUCCGUUGCAAAGAGGCAAAGAUUAUGACGAAGAUAGGAUUCUAUGGAUUAAUGAUUGGUGGCACGACCAAUCCUUACUGAUUGUGAAUGGUCUGACUUCCAAAGCUGGAUAUCGAGGUACUGUGGCAGCCCCGAAACCCGAUUCAAUAUUGAUCAAUGGAUUUGGAGAAUCGAAUUGUUCUGAUGUUCAUUAUCCGUCUGGUGCCACAUGCGAUCCACCUACAAGACCACGAAUACCUGUACCUGCCAACAAGAAGAUUCGGUUCAGAAUAAUCAAUCCAUCUUCUCAUUCUUUACUUAGGGUAUCCAUUGAUAAUCAUGAGAUGGAGGUUAUCGAGGCCGAUGCUACACCGAUCUAUGGUCCAACGAUUCAUGAAAUACCUGUUGCUCCGGCUCAAAGGUAUUCCGUUAUUGUUAAUACAGAUCAAGGAAAGACGGGAGAUACCUUUUGGAUAAGAGUAAACGUCGCUGCUGCUUGUCAAGAUAACAUCCCACAAUGGGCAUUAGGCAUUCUCCAGUAUCAUCCGAUUGGGGACAUUGAUACGGAUAGCACUGUCGAUUGGCCAGAGACGUCAGAAUGGAACGAUUUGGAGUCAUAUGAUUCACCAUGUAGGGAUUUAGAGAAUCGAUACGACUUGGUACCGCGAAUCGUCAAAGACGCCUACGAUCCUCCUUUGGACUCGAAAUCGUUAUCUAGUCAAUUCGGGGUAUUCGUGGAUGUCAACGGAAACAACGUGACUGGUUUUGCUUUUAAUAACAUCACUUUUCAAAAUCAGAUUUACGACCCGGUUUUAUCUAUUGUAGAAACUGAAGGGAAAUAUAAAUCGGCAACAUUAGCAAGCGUAACUUACGAACAAGAUGGAUAUGUUGAUUUGAUCAUCAACAACCUUGACUUACUUGAUCAUCCAUAUCAUAUUCAUGGAAAUGAUUUCCAAGUCGUAAAAAGAGGAGAAGGGACCGUGACUUCUGAGCAAGUUAGGGAUAUGGGAUUGAUAGCUUCUAAUCCUUUAAGAAGAGAUACAAUCUUCAUUUCUGGUUUAUCCUAUGCUGUCUUGAGAUUUAGGACUGAUAAUCCCGGUGUAUGGACUAUACAUUGCCAUAUAGGUUGGCAUCUAGCUCAAGGAAAGCUCGCUGUCAUGAUCGUCAGAACAAAUGACGUACAGAAGUUUGAUCGUCCUCAAACGUGGCAGAAUCUUUGUGCUGGACAUGAUAUCGGCGAGAUAGGACCUGCUCGAAGGGGCAUUGGAUCUAGAAUGAAGUCAUUGGUCACCAGAUCUCUGGAGAAAAUCCAUUAUCAUUGGUUACACCGAUACGGGUCACGGGAAAAUUAG